GGAUGGGGGAGUUGCCGCCCGAUUGCUUACUUUGGAAAAGUAGUGCUUGGAAGAAGACAAUCAACUUUUCAGCCCCACGACUUGACGUAAUCGAUCGAAAGGUGGCGGAAAUUUUCGGACACGCCAAAAAUCCGUUCAAUCUCGCUUCUGCGUUGAGUCUUUUGGGUGCACGUUGAAACUUCGAGGCUCGCUUCGGUUAGCCUAGCCUAGUUUAGCCGCUAACAAAGAGAACAAACAACGCACUUGGGAUCGACACGUCGCCGAUCAAGCAAACAUCAAGUUCCAAAAUGUCAGGUUUCAGAAAAUAUCUUGGUCCUGAGUGGCAGGAGUCAGUCACCUGGUGUUAAAGAGGAAGUUGAGCACCCGCAAAUGAAAAAGGAAGACCCAGAUGACCCUCAAAAGCAAAAGAGAGAAGAGCCACUUCCAAUCAAAAAGGAGGAGGUAGAGCUACCAUACUUUACAGAGGAUGACGUUAUGGCCAGGCCGACUGAUGAUCCUUUGAAGAGUGAAGAGGGCCAGAGUGAGACCAGCAGAGGAGCGGAGCCUCCAAGUGGUAGCAGCAGCUCAACUGAAGGAUUGCAAGAGGACAGAUUCAUUGCUCCACUAUCAGAUAGCGAAGACGCCAUGUCACAUGCGCCUGACAGUGAUGAUAAAGGUCAUAGGCAAGUUUACAGUGACGACAAACGCACAUGCUCUCAGUGUGGGAAAACCUUUGUUAAUAAGUAUACUUGUCGUCGGCAUAUGAGGAGCCACACUGAAGAAAAACCUUUUUGCUGCUCAGUUUGUGGUCAAAGAUUUAGUCAGAAGAGAGGCCUAACACAUCACACAAGAACACACACCGGAGAAAAACCUUUUCCCUGCUCAUUUUGUGGCCAAAUAUUUACUCAGAAGGGAGGACUAACAAUACACGAAAGAAGCCACACUGGUGAAAAAACUUUUCUUGGUGUUAGAGAGGAAGUUGAGCACCCGCAGAUGAAAAAGGAAGAGCCAGAUGACACCCAACAGCGAAAGAGAGAAGAGCAAUUUCCAAUCAAAAAAGAGGAGAUAGAGCUACUAUACGUUACAGAGGAUGACAUUAUGGCCAGGCCAACUGGUGAGCCUUUGAAGAGUGAAGAGGGUCAGAGUGAGACCAGCAGAGGAGUGGAGCCUCCAAGCGGCAGCAGCAGCUCAACUGAAGGAUUGCAAGAGGACAGUUUCAUCGCUCCACUAUCAGAUAGCGAAGACGCCAUGUCACACUCGCCUGACAGUGAUGAUAAAGGUCAUAAGCAAGUUUACAGUGACGACAAACGCACAUGCUCUCAGUGUGGGAAAACCUUUGUUAAUAAGUAUACUUGUCGUCGGCAUAUGAGGAACCACACUGAAGAAAAACCUUUUUGCUGCUCAGUUUGUGGUCAAAGAUUUAGUCAGAAGAAAGGCCUAACACAUCACGCAAGAACACACACCGGAGAAAAACCUUUUUCCUGCUCAUUUUGUGGCCAAAGAUUUACUCAGAAGGGAGGGCUAACAAUACACGAAAGAAGCCACACUGGUGAAAAACCCUUUUCAUGCUCAGUUUGUGGCCAAAGAUUCUCUUCAAAGGGAAGCCUAACAAGACACACAAGAACCCACACUGGAGAAAAAACUUUUUCCAGUGCAGUUUGUGGCCAAAGAUUCUCUCAAAAGGGAAACCUAAAACAACACGCAACAACCCACACUGGAGAAAAACCUUUUCUUUGUGUGGAUGUUGAGCACCUGCAAAUGAAAAAGGAAGAGCCAGAUGAAUCCCAACAGAAAAAUAGAGAAGAGCAACUUUCAAUCAAAAAGGAAGAGGUAGAGCUACCAUACGUUACAGAGGAUGACAUUAUGGCCAGGCCGACUGGUGAGCCUUUGAUGAGUGAAGAGGGUCGGAGUGAGACCAGCAGAGGAGCGGAGCAUCCAAGCGGCAGCAGCAGCUCAACAGAAGGAUUGCAAGAGGGCACUUUCAUCGCUCCACUAUCAGAUAGCGAGGAAACCAUGUCACACUCGCCUGAGAGUGAUGAUGAAGGUCAUAAGCAAGUUUACCCUGACAACAAAUGCUCUCAGUGUGGGAAGACCUUUGUUGAUAAGUAUACUUGUCGUCGGCAUAUGAGGAUCCACACUGGAGAAAAACCUUUUUCCUGCUCACUUUGUGGUCAAAGAUUCUCUGUAAGGCAUGACUUAAUAGUACACACAAGAAGCCACACUGGAGAAAAACCUUUUUCUUGCUCAUUUUGCGGCCAAAGAUUUAUUCAGAAAAGAGGCCUAACACAACACACAAUAACGCACCAUGGUAAAAAACCUUUUUCCUGCUCAGUUUGUGGAAAAAGUUUUGGUCAUAUGGGAGACUUAACAAAACACACAAGAACGCAUACUGGUGAAAAACCUUUUACCUGCUCAGUUUGUGGCCAAGGAUUCUCUCAAAAGGGAGGCCUAACUAUACACACAAGAGCCCACUCUGGAGAAAGCCCGUUUUCCUGCUCAGUUUGUGGCAAAAGAUUCAUUUGCAAGAGCCACUUAACAACACACACAAAAAUCCACACUGGAGAAAAACCGUUUUCCUGCUCAGUUUGUGGCCAAAGAUUCUCUCAAAAGGGAAACCUAAAACAACACGCAACAACCCACACUAGAGAAAAACCUUUUACCUGCUCAAGUUGUGGUCAGGUGUUCACCCUAAAGCAAAAUUUAAAAAGACACACAAAAAGCCACGGUGGAGAAUAACCUUUUUAUGCUCAAUUUGUGGUCAAAGAAUUCCGUUGCAAGAGCAUCUUAAAAACACACAUAAUAACCCGCACUGGUGAAAAACUUUUUUGUGGUCAGUGAUUCAAUUAAAAGGAUCAGGUCAAGAGAGACGUGGGUUGGUGUGUGUGUUUGUGUGAGAAGCGGUGACCAAGGACUGCUUUGCCUGUCAUCCAGUUCAUCAGUUUGUGUAUGCAAGACGAUUGUAUUCUGUGGAACUUCCUCAAAUCCUCUUGAGGAUUUGCAGUUUUGGUGCUUCACAUGUGCUUCGUUGUAUCCUGUGUGAAGUUUAUUCACAUAUUGUCAAAAGAACUGGCUCACCUGAUUUAGAUUGAAUAUUAAUUUAGAUGAAGUAAAGUUGUGUGAUACUUGGCCAGGAUGAUCUGGCAAUAAAAAAAACAUUUUUCUCAUAUUGUUUGAUCAAAUUCUUUUCACAAUUUUGUUAGUUUUUUCUUUUUUUUUUUAAUUUAUUAACUGUUACUGCUAAUUUUAAAUAAUCUGCAAUGAAAGUAUAAGAACAUUUUUCAUGUCUCCCUCCUCCAACAUUUAAGAGAAGAGAAACUGAGGGGGACAGAACUGUCACCCGAGACUGAAAAACCAGACAGACCACCCUGUUCACUGCUGUAAUUGAUUACUGGAAAGCUAUGACUCGAUGCCACAUACAUUGAUCCUGGAAUGCCUGAAGCUGUACAAGGUUCAAACCACACUAAGAGCACUUUGUUGCAAACUAACUAAGGCUGUGGCAGACCACCCUGAAGCCAACUUUGAGCCAAUUAUGUCAGUCUCCAUCAAAUGUGUGAGAUGGGGGGUUAGAGCCGGGCGGUAUACCAAAAAUUUACCAUUACCGAAAUUCUUACAGACAUAAUUUUGACCAUCUUGGUAAAUUCGCUUUAUUGAACAAGAAAUUAUAGCUUUUUCAUCCCGCUUCUUUGUUGUUCGGCUAUGUUCAUUCCCCUUUAAGGAAGCAAUAUGAAGUCACUCGAUUAUCAGGAAAUCAAACAAACAGAUGCUCGGUACUCUUACGCUAGCGGCUAACGCUACAAGCAAGUGAUGGAGUCUGGCUUAAAGGGUAUGUAGUGCCCUGGGAAAAUUUUAAUAUUCCAUCAUUUAUCCAUAAACGCAUGCCUUUUGUAUUCAUAUCAUGCCACUUCGUGUAAUUACACACAAGAAAAUGAGAGAAAUUUGGCUCGAUCGUCAAGCUAAAACGACCGGCGCCCGAGAUCUGGCAGAUUGUGUGCGUGACGUCACGACAAGUGAAGAGAGUGCCACCGGCCACUAGGGGAGCAGCGCCUGUCUGCAUCAAUAUAAUUCCUUCUAGUGAGGGGAGAAUUAGGGGUGUUUUGAGCUGUUUAUGCUGAUGCAUUGUGUUCGUCCUGCACAUAUUCCAGGUUCCCUCAUGAAGAAACACCCCUCGUUGUCAAUAAAAGA